AUGCCUCCAAAAAAACAACCAGAAAAGGGUAAAUCAAGUGGAACUUCUAAAACGGGUGGAAAAUCUGGCGGGGAUACGAAAGAAUCGGCUGUAAAAGACAAAAAAGGAGGAACAGCUGUCAAAGUACGUCAUAUAUUAUGUGAAAAACAAUCAAAAUGUUUAGAAGCAUUGGAGAAAUUAAAAGCUGGACAAAAAUUCCCAGAUGUAGCUGCAGCAUACAGCGAAGAUAAGGCGCGUCAAGGAGGAGAUUUGGGCUGGAUGACCCGUGGCUCAAUGGUUGGCCCUUUUCAAGAUGCAGCAUUUGCUUUACCUAUAUCUUCAGUCACAAAUCCUAUAUACACCGACCCUCCCAUUAAAACAAAGUUUGGCUAUCAUAUUAUUAUGGUUGAAGGAAAAAAAUGA